AUGUCUCUUCGAGAACAUCGCGCUUCCUCGUCAAGGAGAUCUCGGAAACGUGAAAAGGAGAGUGUGUCAGAUGAAUCCGGUGAUGAAGGUCGUGUUUUAAUAAGGCGACGCCCUGCGUCGGCAAGUGAUCUUCGACUGCCUGAAUAUCGUCAUUACUCAGGCGAUGAUAAAACUCAAAAAAGGUUUUACAGGAAGGAGAAAAAGCUCACACGGGGCACCCAAGAGGAACGCACACUGGAAUAUGUCAUGAGCAGUGGACAGCAAGAACAGCGCCGUCCUGUGACGAGGACGGCAUAUCAGAGUGACGGCGAGGAGAUAUAUGAUAGUGAGACCGGAAGUGAAAGUACCAUCCGGCGCGUGAAGGAGCACAUGCGUUACUAUGCAACACAAAAUACCCGAGCUGCGUCGGAUAUGGGCGACAGAGGCAUCGUGUACUACAACGCGCGCAACCACGGCCGUGCGAUGUCCGAUGUCGGCACACAACUCGUGCAGCAUGUGCAACAGGACAGUAUGCGAGAACACGGACGUGUUGGCAGGCCUGGGUCGGCAUUCAGUCAACAGGUCAUGCAGACAAGAGAUGGUGACCGUCUUGUAGAGGUGGAAACAAGAGAGGAAGGCAACAAGAUAUAUUAUAACUACCGUCUAAAAGCGGAACCAAAGCCUCCUCCGGCCCCUGUAAGACAUAUGCGCCACGUGGGAGUACAGAUGACCACCAAAUACGUUGCUGAGCAAUCACCACCGGUCAAAACUAGGAAUAGUGGCACGCAGACUACAGCCCCACCUCCGAAACCAAAACCCAAACCUCAAAGACAGAUAUUAGUAGCUCGUCCUGAAACACCCCCUCCGCCACUUGAGGUUAUGGAACCUGUACCUGCGGUGAUUCCCAAGGCCAAGUCGGUGAUGGUACGUGUGGGAGGAGGUUGGAUGAAAGUGGAGCAUCACCGUAACCACCAUAUACCUGUCAAAGUUUACGAACAUAAACGACGCACAAGCGUAGACGACAAGUUCCUUUUUAUUAAGUCCCGGUUUGCUCGGAAGAAGAAACAAGUACCCAUAGCUUAUAAAAUGUAUAGAGAAAAAUUGGUGCUGGAUAAUUAG